GUCACGCACGCACGCACGUCCGUCGUGCCGGCCCCUCCCUCCCGUCUCUCGCCCAUAAACAAAACCAGCAAAAUCCCACCGCGAUCAUUCCCUCGUAAUAGCCAACGACGGCGGCGUCGCGAGAUCUUCUCCUCUCCCGGUUUUCCUACCGCCUACCGGGCUGGUCGAUCUGCCUCGUUGGCGGCCGGCCGCCGGCCGAUCGUGAUCUGACAGGACAGCCAUUUGCACGCGUCUCUCCCUCGUUUUACUACCAUCCACAGGAGGCCCGAAGUCACCCGCGUCUCGGCCCUCUCCGUCCUCGUUGCUUCCGACGCCGGAGGCCGAGAGACAGGCGACGCGCACGUCUGUCUGCGCCGUUGCCGCAGAUCAGCCUGACGAGAUACCAGCUCUACCAACAACUCCCGUUACUUCUCUGUAUGAUGCCUGUUCUGAACUGAGUCUUCAUAGAUAGAGAGAAAUGGGUUCUCUCACAGAUAUCGGCGUCGCCGCAGGAAUAAACAUACUGUCCGCAUUGGGUUUUCUUCUCGCAUUUGCGGUUCUCAGGAUACAGCCUAUCAACGACAGGGUCUACUUUCCCAAAUGGUACCUCAAAGGGACAAGAAGCAGCCCAAGAAGCAUGGGAACGGUUUUCUCAAAGUUUGUCAAUGCUGAUCUCUCGACGUAUAUCCGCUUCCUGAAUUGGAUGCCUGCAGCGCUGCAAAUGCCUGAGCCCGAGUUGAUUGAGCACGCAGGCCUCGACUCCGCGGUAUAUGUCCGCAUAUAUCUUCUUGGGUUAAAAAUAUUUGUGCCGAUUGCUGUGCUGGCAUUCAUUGUCCUUGUUCCUAUCAACUGGGCUAGUGGAACUUUGGAGAAGGAAAAGAGUCUAAGUUAUGAUCAAAUUGACAAGCUUUCAAUAUCUAACCUUGGAAAAGGAUCGAAAAGAUUUUGGGCACACAUAGUGAUGGCCUAUGUAUUUACGUUUUGGACGUUUUUCGUGUUGUAUCGUGAAUACAAGGUUGUAACAACUAUGAGAUUGCGCUUUCUUGCUAUUCAGAAUCGUCGAGCUGAUCAGUUUACGGUCCUGGUGAGAAAUGUACCACCUGACCCAGAUGAAACAGUUAGUGAGCAUGUUGAGCACUUCUUUGCUGUCAAUCAUCGUGAUCAUUAUCUCAGUCACCAGACCGUAUACAAUGCAAACACCCUUGCCGGUUUGGUUGAGCAGAAGAAAGGCUUGCAAAACUGGCUGGUCUACUACGAAAACCAGCAUGCUAAAAACCCUGCAAAAAAACCAACUAUGAAGACAGGAUUGUGGGGCCUUUGGGGGAAAAGAGUGGAUGCUAUAGAACACUACACCACUGCCAUUGAGGAGUUAUGCAAACAGGAAGAUGAGGAGAGACACAAGGUGAUCACUGAUCCUAAUGCUAUUAUGCCAGCUGCAUUUGUAUCUUUCAAAAGCCGGUGGGGAGCUGCUGUUUGCGCUCAAACGCAACAGACGAGCAAUCCAACGUUGUGGCUUACCGAGUGGGCCCCAGAACCUCGGGAUGUUUUCUGGCCUAAUCUCGCGAUCCCUUUCGUCGAGCUCUCAGUCCGGAGGCUUAUCAUGGCCGUUGCACUCUUCUUUCUGACCUUUUUCUUCAUGAUUCCAAUUGCAAUUGUCCAAUCAAUGGCAAACUUGGAUGACAUUGAACGGAUGCUUCCUUUCCUGAAACCUAUAAUAGAAAGAAAUUCACUGAAGUCAAUUGUGCAAGGUUUCUUGCCAGGAAUCGCAUUGAAAAUCUUCCUUAUACUUCUCCCAACAUUUCUUGUGAUGAUGAGCAAAAUUGAAGGUCAUACAUCACUAUCUGGAUUGGACAGGAGGACUGCGUCGAAGUAUUAUUUGUUCCUAUUUGUCAAUGUGUUCUUGGGGAGUGUAAUAACUGGAACAGCGUUCCAACAACUCAACAAUUUUAUCCAUCAGUCAGCUAAUAAAAUUCCAGAGAUUGUCGGAGAAUCCAUCCCCAUGAAAGCAACAUUUUUCAUCACAUAUGUAAUGGUUGAUGGCUGGGCUGGUGUUGCCGCUGAGGUUCUUAGGUUGAAGCCAUUGGUCAUGUUCCAUAUAAAGAAUACUUUCUUGGUCAGAACCGAGCGAGAUCGAGAGCAGGCCAUGGACCCUGGGAGCCUGGAUUUUGGCACCACAGAACCAAGGAUACAACUGUACUUUCUGCUUGGGCUUGUAUAUGCUGUCGUGACACCAAUUCUUCUACCUUUCAUCAUAGUGUUCUUUAGCCUUGCCUAUCUAGUAUUCAGACACCAGAUCAUUAAUGUCUACAAUCAGCAAUAUGAGAGUGGCGCGCAAUUCUGGCCAGAUGUCCAAAGACGACUGGUUAUAGCAUUGAUAGUAUCACAAAUCCUCCUGUUGGGACUGCUGAGCACGCAGGAAGCAGAGAAAUCCACUGUUGCUCUUCUUCCUCUUCCUGUACUGUCCAUAUGGUUCCACUAUGUUUGCAAGGGCCGCUUUGAGCCAGCGUUUAUAAAGUUCCCCCUGCAGGAUGCAAUGGUAAAGGAUACACUGGAACGGGCAAAUGACCCAACCCUGAAUUUGAGAGAGUACCUGAAGGAUGCAUAUGUGCACCCAGUGUUCCAAAAAAAUGACAUAUAUGAGUUUGCUGGCAUCGACGAGGAAGAGAAGAACCCCAUGGUUGCAACGAAGCGCCAAUCGCGAAUGAACACACCAGUAGAUAGCAAGUUCAAUUCCAGUUCUGGCACUAAUGAAGGAGAGUUCAGUCGGAUGGCUCCUACCUGAAGCUUGAUUUUUCAUCAGUCAAUGUAAACAUUUUGCAGUUUGGUAAUAUUGUAAAUGUUCAGGCAAAAAGGAAAUACAAGGUUUAAACAAUGUUGGAUAAGACUAUAUAGUAUGCAUGAUUAGCAGUUA